AUAUGGUCACCCCUUUUUAUUUGCAACUCUGUAUUUGAAUCAAUUUCGAAGUUGUUUUCGCAACGGAAAUGUCAUUUUAGCCCUUUUUCAAUUAUCGUGAUUUUGGAACAAGUAGUCCCUGUAAAAGAUUGUGAAAUCUGGAGUCAGGACGUAGGCGCAGCCCAGCUUGCGGUACAAAAUGUCUGAUCAUCUUGCAGAUAUUAAGCAAGCAGCAACCGAUUCCGAUUCCGCUGGAACACCGCCACAGUUGUCAAAUAUUGGAUUACAUCGAGUGCGUAGCAUGUCGAAAGCAAAUGAAUCCCAACGUCUGCUCCGAUCGCAGACAGCUGACAAGGAAGAUGGUGAGCUGUUUAUCAAGCUGCCGAAGUUCAGUAAGCGACUGCGUGCCAAGAGCUCGGCUGAAGGAGGUCAGGAGACGGACGUCGAUACUACUGUAAAGGAGAUUUUACCGGUGAAUCAGAAGCUUUACAAAUAUCUGAAGCAGCCAAAUUGCCAGCGCUGGAUCUGGUGCGAGUUCAUCGAGUCCUUCAUCGACAAGGCAAUACUGGGCAGUGCCUAUGACAUGAACAGCUAUGUGCAAAGCUUCUUUCCCCAGCUCGAGACACGCCAAAUGCCGCGUCGCUCAUGGCAGAUGAUACGCCGCAACAUGGGCAAGGCGCGCCGUUUCUCGACAGCCUUCAUUGCUGGCGAGCGCAUCGAGCUGGAGCGCUGUCGGAACAUUGUUCGCCAGCUUCAGCAGCGAAAGUUUGAUUUGGAGCACGACAGACAAUCAUUGGAACUAAUGCCCAAGCUUAUACCAAUGCCACUACCAGUGGAUUGCAAGGUGAUCAGCCUGCUGAGCGAGCCAACUCUGGUACUUUGCAAGGGGCGUGUCGUUGGCUUCGAGCCUAAGGACAGCAGCUACCUGGUCAAGUUCAAUAUUGCUGGAAAAAAUACAGUAAUCAGCAUGCAAGAUUGCCAUCUCCACGUACUGCAGGAGUGCAAAACUGUGCCAUUGUCUAGCAUCGUACAGGGCUCAGAGGACAAGCAGCUAACGGCUUCGGAGCUAUCCGUCGAUGGCGACGAGGUUAAGGUUCUGUUCGACUCGCUGCUGCAGCUGCAAAAGCUGGUGGCCCUCAAGCGAAAGACUGUCCAGGAUAUGGCCAGUAUGAACGAGGAAGUGGAGGCCAGUGGCUUGCCAGCGCCCGCUCGGCGUGAAACGAAACAAACGCCUCUGCGCGAGAAACUCCAGCGACGGUAUGCGGCCAACAUGAUAACGCUCCAUCGCGUUAAUGCAGACAUUUUGGAGCCACUGCGCGUGGCCCACCAACAUCUGACCGAGUACGAGAAAGAAGCAUUGCUGAGCAAAUGCGUUCCCCGCAACAAGCUGUACGAAAAGUGCCGUACCUUAGCCGAAAUGGACCUGAAGGCGGCACCGUGUCAAAGCAACGUCCAGUUGGAGCCUACGCGAGAGCUCAUCCUGCGCCUGCAAACAUUGCUUUAUCUAUGUGGAGAACUCGGACAUGGAAACAAUGUCGAAGUGGACGCCGUAAUGGAUGACUUUGUGAGCAACAUGCUAGUAGGCUUGCCGCCACAGCUAACAACAGAGUUCAGACAGGUGGUUGACAUGCUCCAGCCGCUGCGCGAACACAUCUUAACUGUGACCAAAGCAGAAUCCGAACACAAUCAGCAAUUGUACCAAAUGCAACAGCAGAACCCAGAUGCUGCAUCUAGUCUGCUGCCCAACGAUGAGUCUGACAUCGAAAUGGGUUUGUAGUAUCUGCCGAGCAUGUAAAUCUAUAAUGGUUCUUCAACGCUUUAAAGGAUACAAUUGUGUGCACAUCAUACAUAUUUGAAUUUGAGUUAUUAUCCAUAAACAUCAUCGCACCAUUAUCAUCCUUAUCAUAAUAAUUAUAA